AUGGAUACCAAAGACGAAGCUAGAAAUCUUGAGCAUCUUGCAUACCCACCUGGCACUCAAGUGUGGUUCACCAACAUCGGCCCCUGCCAAAGCACAUCCCAACUACGAGAGCAACUAAACAACCAAGCAAAGCCAGCUGAAACCAGUGAUUCCCCCAAUGAUCCACUAAACUGGCCCGCAUGGCGACGAGAUAUCCUCCUUUUCACCGUCGGCUUCAACAGCUUCCUCUGCGCAGCGCUGUGCCCCAUUCUCGCGACAGGCUUUCCAGCCAUAUCCGAGUCUUUCGGAGUAAGCAACCAGCAGGUUUCUUUCACGAUCGGUAUUUACAUGCUGGGACUGGGAGUAGGUGCCGCAGUUUGGUCACCCACUGCCGCCCUGUUUGGUCGGCGGCCAGUCUACGUUGCUGGUUCUGUUCUUCUUAUUGCCUCGUCUGCCUGGGCUGCGGCGAGUCCGUCCUAUGCUAGCCUUAUCAUCGCCAGACUUGUGCAGGGCAUUGCGUCCAGUCCGGGUGAGUUUCUAGUCUCGGUCACGAUAUCGGAGAUAUACCAGCCGCAUGAACGGGGAUUCAGACUUGGUGUUUAUAUGCUGCUCCUGGCUGCUGGGAAAAGCUUGGCGCCGUUGAUUGGGGCAGGGGUUAUUCAGGGAUUAGGCUGGCGAUGGGCGUUAUGGCUUACGACUAUCCUGUCCGGGAUUUCGUUCAGCUUUAUAUUCAUCUUUGCUAGGGAAACGUACUGGGCUCGGGGUGCUCGCAGAGAUAUUUCCACGGCGACCUACCGCACACCUGGAGAAAUGUACACCGAUAACCUGAGCAUCUCACCACCGCUUCCGUUCAAACACACAAUGGCACUCUGGAAUGGACGUUUCCAGGACGCCACCUGGUUCUCACUCGCAAUUAAACCCUUUCGCCUUGUCACCUCCCUCCCACUACUAUGGUCCGCUGCCGUAUACGCCCUCUCCCUCGGGUGGCUCGCGGUGCUAGCCGACACAGUAUCUUAUCUAUUCCAAUCCGUCGACGGAUACGGAUUCACACCGAUGCAAACGGGGCUAUUAUAUAUCUCCCCUCUCAUCGGGACAAUCCUAGGUAGUGUCGUUGGCGGCAAGGUAUCCGACAUACUCGCGUGCAUGAAAGCGUCCCGCAACAACGGCAUCUACGAGGCUGAAUCCCGGCUCGUGAUGAUACUCCCAGCAACGAUCGCAACUGUGAUCGCUCUUGGCGGCUAUGGCUGGAGUAUUGAGGCUCGUGCUCACUGGAUUGUCCCGACUGUGUGCUUCGGGUUCAUAUACUUCGGGUGUAUCCUAGGAAGUACAAUCGCUGUUACGUAUUGUCUAGACUGUCACAAGUCGGCUGCGAUUGAGGCGCAGGUUAUUCUGAGUUUAUUGAAGAAUUCCCACGGUCUUGCGUUCUCGUUGUUCGUUGUCGACUGGGUUAAAGCGUCUGGGCCGCGAGAUACAUUUCUGGAGAUUGCGGGGAUCCAUCUGGUGUUUCUGUUUAUGACUGUUCCUCUUUAUAUGUAUGGAAAACGGGUCCGAGUGUGGAUGGAAGGGAAGUAA